CACCACCUUGGAAGUCCAAGCAUUGAACUUCAAAAACCACACAAACGAACAACAUAAAACCCAGCCAACUGCCGGAAGGGCCAGAUCACUGCCAGUGUCAGAAAUUGAGAUACUCUGUCUGCUCUAGGGUUACAACAGGGUGUGCAUGGCCGUAUUCAUUAGCCUCCAAGAUGCCACAAGCUUCAGACUGGGAUACCAUCCGCAUCUUGGUCUCGACCGACAACCAUGUCGGCUUCGAGGAGCGAGACCCCAUCCGCAAGGAUGAUAGCUGGCGUACCUUUGACGAAAUCAUGCAGCUUGCCCGCACCAGAGACGUCGACAUGGUCCUCCUCGGCGGCGACUUGUUCCACGACAACAAGCCCUCGCGCAAGGCCAUGUACCAGGUCAUGCGUUCGCUUCGGAAAAAUUGUCUAGGCAUGAAGCCCUGCGAACUCGAAUUUCUUAGCGACGCCACCGAAGUGUUCGAGGGCUCCGCCUCCUAUGUCAACUAUGAAGAUCCCGACAUCAACAUAUCCAUACCCGUUUUCUCGAUUCAUGGGAAUCACGAUGAUCCGAGCGGCGAUGGCCAUUACUGCUCGCUCGACUUGCUGCAGAUGGCGGGACUGGUCAACUACUUUGGCCGCGUGCCUGAAGCGGACAACAUCCACGUUAAGCCUGUUUUGCUUCAAAAGGGCAAGACGAAGCUGGCCCUUUACGGGCUUAGCAACGUGCGAGAUGAGCGCAUGUACCGCACCUUCAGGGAUAACAAGGUCAGGUUUUACCGGCCAAACCAGCAGAAGGCCGAGUGGUUCAACCUGUUGACCUUGCAUCAAAACCACUACGCCCACACUCCUACGAGCUAUCUCCCGGAGAACAUGCUGCCCGACUUCAUGGACCUCGUCAUAUGGGGCCAUGAGCAUGAGUGUCUUAUCGACCCGCAGCGGAACGCGGAAACCGGCUUCCACGUCAUGCAGCCCGGCUCGUCCGUCGCCACCUCUCUGGUCCCAGGUGAGGCUGUUACCAAGCAUGUUGCGAUUCUUAGCAUCACGGGAAAGACGUUUGAGGUGGAAAAGAUCCCCCUAAAAACGGUCCGGCCUUUCAUCACCGAUGAGAUUUGCCUGGCAACAGACAAGCGUUUCAAGGGCCUCGAGAGAAAGCAGGACAACCGCCAAGACAUCACAAAACGCCUCAUGGUGAUUGUGGAGGAGAUGAUUGAGAAGGCCAAUGCUGCGUGGCUGUCAAUCCACCAAGACGGCGAUGGUUACGAAGACGAGGACCCGCCACUGCCCCUGAUCCGACUUAAAGUCGAGUACACAGCCCCUGAGGGCGCAAAAUUCGAAGUGGAAAAUCCCCAACGUUUCUCAAAUAGGUUCUCAGGCAAGGUGGCGAAUCAGAACGACGUGGUUUAUUUUUACCGUAAAAAGACAGGGACAACAAGAAAAGCGAAAGACUUAAAGGAGCUCCCAGACAGCGUUGCGGAAGCUUUGGGGUCAGUGGAUGCUCUCAAGGUCGACACGCUAGUACAGGAAUUCUUUGCGCAGCAGUCGCUCAAGAUUCUGCCGCAAGCACCAUUCGGGGAUGCCGUUAACCAGUUUGUCAGCAAGGACGAUAAGCACGCUGUGGAGAUGUUCGUCAUGGACUCCCUUUCCACGCAGGUGAAGGGUCUACUACAGCUAGAUGAUGAAAAGAUCACAGAAGGGCUUGAUGCACAUAUUGAGGACUUUCGGAAAGUCAUGGAGAAAAGUUUUGUUUCCGGCCAGCAAAAACAAGCACAGCGAAAGAGGCGGUUCAAAGAGAAGCCUGAAGGAUGGGAUUCUGACCUGGACGGCCACUGGACGGCGCAACCAGGCGCAAUCGAGGAGGUACCCGCGUCCCCCGAACCUGCCGCCAACGGACGUAGCCGUACACAGCCCACCUCGGGGAUUGCCUUUAGCGAUGAUGACGGCGAUUUGUUGAGCGACGAGCCUCCGAUGGUAACCGCUCAAGCCGCUCCAGCAAGGAAAACGACGACGGCUGCAACAAGGAAAGCAGCAGCUCCGAAGAAAGCAGCCGCUCCCGCGAAGAAGCCAGCCGCCGCAAAGAAAGCGAAGGCACCAGCACGAGGUCGAAAGAAAGCGAACCCUUUCAAAUACAGUGAUGAAGAGGAAGAGGAGGAAGAUGUGAUCAUGGAAGAUGAUGAACCUGAGCCCCCCGCCAGACCACCGCCACGGAAAUCCGCCCGAGAGACGCGGAGCCGUGCAGCUCCGAAGACACGCCAAACAACGCUCAACUUCUCGCAAUCCCAGACGGCGGCAAAGCCGUCGCAGAAGGCAAUCGAGAUCAGUGAUGAUGAGAUUUCGGAUGAUGCAUUUGAAUCGAUGCCCGCGACUCGAAGUGAGCGGCGGUAAUGCGGCUUAUAGGGCGGGAACGCUGGGCGUGUGCUAAGGAGCACUUGCUUGUUGCUUGCAUGUACAAUACCGUCUGGUAGAUAUUACGAUUCUCAACCUCCAAGUUUUGGACGGGUCUGGCUUGCCCAUUUGAUCGAGAACUCCAUGGGUAGAUGAAUUGGCAAGUCAAAAAACAUUUGCUGAACCG